AUGGAGCGUUUAAAGCGCUUGCUCCACCACGUCACCGGAGAGCCCAACGAGGUGCCAGUGCAACGGCCUCCAUCCCCCAGCGCCUCCUCGUCCAAGCCGCGCAAGGUUUGGUACGCUCCAUACAAGUUCGAAGCCUAUGGGGAAGAGGAAAUUGAAGCUGUCACCGCAGCACUUAGAGAUGGCUGGCUAGCACCUGGCCCACGCACCGAUGAGUUCGAAGCCAAAGUCUGCGAACUCUUUGGUGCCCAGCGGGGUGGGGCCAUGGGAUGGUCGACCUAA